AUUUAUUCCUCCAUCUUCAACUAACUUCUAAAGCUCAAGAGGAUUCUUCAUGUUUCAGAACUAGACCUUGUUUGGUUUUUCUUUAUUAUUUUCAUCUGAGUUUACACCUUGUUUGGUUGUUCAAAAAUGUCCAUCACGUUCUCCCUCUUCUUUCUCUCUCUAACCACUCUCUUCACUUCUCUCUCCUGCAUUGGUCUCUCCAAGCCCCUUCCAUCCCCCGAACUCCCAUCGCCCUACAUCUCACCCAUCAAAUUCUUUCGAAACUACGAAGCCAUGCUCAACAAGUUCAAAAUCUUCAUCUACAAGCCAAACGCGGCCUUCGCCUACGAAUCUCCAUCGGAGUCUCUCUUCUACACCUCUCUCCCGAGCAGUCCCUUCGCCACCGAAGACGGCGAACAAGCUCACCUCUACUUUGUCCCCUUCCCCUCCGAUCUCCGUAUCAACUCCCUCUCGCGCGUCGUCAGGGAGAUCCGGAGGGCUUUCCCGUAUUGGAACCGCACCCUCGGUGCCGACCACGUCUUCAUCUCCUGCCGUGGCAGCACCACCGCUGGCGACCGGAACGUCCUCGAGCUGACGAAGAACGCGAUCCAGAUAUCCUGCUUUCCCGCUCCCGCCGGCAAGUUCAUUCCUCACAAGGACGUUUCCCUGCCUGCGGUCUCCACCUUCGGCGUCGACACGCCACUCGAGCCGAAGAAUGCGUCGGCGAGAUUCCUCGCAUACCUCCGGCCCGAUCAGAGCGCCGGCGCGAACGAGUCGGCCCUGGUGAAUCAGUUGACCGGCGAUCCGGACUUUCUGAUCGAUUCCGGGGCGCCGUUCGAUAAGGCGACCUACGAGGAGAGAUUGUCCAGCAGCAAGUUCUGCUUGUUCGAGUACGGCGCCGGCGCGUCCAGAAUCGGCGAGGCCCUGCUAUUCGGAUGCGUGCCGGCGGGGAUCAUCGACCGGCCGGUCCAGGCCCUGCCGUUCAUGGACGUGCUGACGUGGCAGGAGAUCGCGGUGUUCGUCGGUGCCGGGGGUGGAGUGGAGGAGCUGAGAACGGCGCUGAGCCAAGCCGCCGCCGGCGACCGCUACGAGCGGAUGAGGAGGUUGGGCGUGGCGGCGAGCAAGCAUUUCGUGUGGCACAAGACGCCGGAGCCGUACGAUUGCUUUAAUACGUUGAUGUAUCAGCUCUGGCUGAGGCGGUUCGCGAUCAGAUACGUAAUCAGAGAUGAUUUAUCGCUUGAUUAGACAACUGUCCAUUGUUGAUUGGUUUAUUUUUAGCUAGGUUUUUGAACUUGGGGUCCACAUAGAUUGAUUUAAUUAGAAAAUUUGUUGGUACUUUGGAAGGGGGAGCCGUGAAAGGGCAUGAGUUGUGCGUAUAUUAAAUAUUAAUAUGUCAAAAAACGUGUGCUAGACGUUUAUUUCA